GUUGGGCCAACUUGGGCAAACGGCAAUUCAUGCGCAGUGACUAUACAGUCAUAUGUGAUGUUUGUUUAUUUUAUUCAAUAAAACAGUGUUUGGAUAUUUUAAUUAUUUGUUAUUCAGUUUGUUAUGAUGAGUUUUUAGCACGCGGGUGUAAAAGCUCCUUUAUUCAGCGGAAAUUUACAUAAACAUCGGAGAAUUGACGAAGUGUAUUAUAAAUUUUGUAAUAUUGCAUAUAUUUGUUUCCUUUUUUUUUUUUUUUUUUUCUUACUGCCUGAUAAUUCCAGCAGUUUAAUAAAUCACUUCAGCGCAUUUAUGAUGGCUGUGGCUCAUUGCAGUAGUCGAAAGAGACCACGUUCUUGUGAAGAUGAUAGCUGUGAACUGAUGCCCAUUUCAAAAAGAAUUAAUGAUCUGCAUAUCAGGUCAUGCUUUCCUGAAUCCAGUUCAUCUAUAGAUGAUUGUAUGCCAGAAAUGCAUCCACGAGUCCGAGCUAGCAGAGAAAUAGUUAGUGGAAAUUACAACAUCAGUGCAUCAGAAGCACAUAGGCCACAGGUAUAUAAAGAUAGUGUUCUACAACCUAGUUACAGGCCAGAGCUAAGUGUAGCUGAAAAUCCUUAUUACUACCACGUAAAUGAAAUGCUGUAUGAAGCUCAUAUUCAGCGUUUACAAAGACUGGCUAAAAUAUGAAUAUGCAUUUGUUUGAUUUUUUUGUUUAUAGUUGCAUUUCUUUUUUUUUUUUUUUUUUUCUUUUUUUUCUGUUAUUAGAAGGGUCUGCCUUUAGUUGGUGCGCCGAAUGUAUAAUCAUGUAAUAUAUUGUAAGAAUGUGUGAUGUGUAAAAGUAAUUAAAGGUUUAUUCAGAAAGAUUCUGCAAAAUAAUUUUGUAUUGAAUUUUUUUAAAUUACAUUACAUUUAUGAAUUGAAAUGCACCUGUGUUAAAUUGUAUAUGCAAAGUGAUCAAAAUAAAAUCGGUUAAAAUUAGUAUUUUAAUAUUAUGAAAGGCCAGAGAAUGUAAACUUUUGCUAUGUUUUUCAUUUCAUGUAUUGUAGAUUGAACCAUUUUAUGCUUGUCUUCUCUUCUCCCACUUUUUCAUUUGUUUCACAAUUCUGUUGCUCAGCACAAUUUCAUAUAUUAAUUUAGUUACAAUUAAAUAAAUGUGUUUUCAGAAUUGUGGCUUGUGAAGCAAUGUGUGUAAAUAAUUUGUGUAAAACAAAGCAUGUAUAUAUGUUAGUGUGUAGACAAAUAUAUUUUUUUUAAUUAUGUAAUUUGCUAAAAUGUUUGAUUUCUUAAAUGUACUUUUUUUGCCAGUUGUUUUUCGUAAAAAUUUAAAUCAGUGUGCUUGGGGUGGUUACUGAUUUAAGAAUAGAAUUGCAUGUACACUUGAAGUGUAUUAUGGCUAUAAUCACUUUUAGAUUUAAAUUCAUACUCUUUAAUACUAAGAAUUAUUCUGAUUGAAACUGGGGGGAAGAAUUGUAUGUAGGCUUUAUUAAAAAAAUAAUCUUUAAAGGUAAAUUUGUUUUAAGUAAAAAUUAUAAUUUUGCAAAAUGUGAAACUAUUUUACACCAUCAAAGGAAUCACAGAAUAGUUCAUUUUUCAAAAUACCUAUUACACCUUAACACUCUUAAUAAGUUAAUAGCUACUGCUUUAAAAAAAUCUUAAAAAUUUACUUUUUAUUUCAUAUAUCUUUGUUUAGUUAAUAACUUUACGUUCCAUACAUUUGUAAAAUUAGCUAUCAUUUCAGUGUAAGUUAAAAAAAAAAUUUCUCAUAAAUAUUAGUUUAAUGUAUUUAUUUAUACAUUGUAUUAAAAGACUGAUAUAAUCAAGCUUGAUCUCUGACUGAAAAUUAGUCUAUUUUAAUGAAUUAUUAAUACCAACAGUUAUUCCCCCCCUGCACUAAAGUGAUGAAAGGUAUUUGGAAUUUAAAAAUCAAAAUGUAAUAUAAUUCUUGUUUUUUAGGAAUGAAAUGUAUGUAAAAUUAUUUUAAAAUGACUAGCAAAAUUAAAAGUCUACCAAAAUGUA